UUCAUUUCUGUAGCUGGUGGGAGCAGCAGAAACCAGGCAGCGAUUCCAUUCAGUUACAAAUGCAGUAAAUUAAUGAACAGGACAGAGUGAAACUCCCUGGCUGCGACACCUGUGUUGAAUGGGUGAAACCACCUCAGCAAAGGGAGGUUUCACAGGAAGUGCAAACUCAUGGAUGCUAGAAAAACUGAGAGCUUUGCAGGACCUUGAAGCUGCUUGGAGGAAGUGUCCCUACAGGACUCAGCAGACCCAGCUAUGAUGACAGGGAAGGUUCCCUUGUUCUCCCCUGGCUCCACAGUGAGCUCCACUCUGCCUGGCUACAUUGCUCUCUGCCUCACUCUACAUGUUCACAGGCUGGUGUCAGCACAGUUCACAGUGACUGGACCUGACCAUCCAAUCACCGCGUCCCUAGGUGGGGAGGCCAUCCUGUCCUGCUACCUCUCCCCCAGGAUGAGCGCUGAGAACAUGGAGGUAGGAUGGUUACGAUCCCGGGACUCUGCAGUGGUGCACCUGUACCGUGAUGGGAAGGAUCAGUACGGAGAGCAGAUGCUGGAAUAUCAAGGCAGAACUGAGCUCUUGAGAGAUGACAUCACUGAUGGGAAAGUUUCCCUGAGAAUACACAAUGUCCAACCCUCUGAUGAUGAGCAGUACAUGUGUUUUUUUCAGUCCAGUGUCUCUUAUGAAGAAGCUUUAUUGGAACUGCAGGUGGCAGAUUUGGGCUCUGCUCCUGUCAUCUCUGUGGCGGGACAUCAGGAUGGAGGGAUCCGGGUGGUGUGUCGAUCAGCCGGAUGGUACCCACGGCCCGAGGUGCUGUGGAGAGAUCUCCAGGGGCAGCUUUUGCCAUCAGUCUCUGAAGAAAUAUCCCCAGAGGCCAAUGGCCUGUUUCAAACAGAGAUUGCCAUUGUUCUAACAGAAGAGUCCAACCAGAAAGUGUCCUGCUUUGUCAGGAACCCCCGACUCAACGAAGAGAGAGAGUCAGUGAUUUCCAUAGCAGAGCUGUUUUUCCCACGAGGCAAUCCCUGGACGGUGGCUCUGGGGGUGAUCCUGCCUCUCCUGGCUGUUCUCAUGGCCCUGGCCAGUUACUGCUUCUGGAGACAGCACAGAGCGAAAGAAACUCUGCGAUUGGAUAAGGAGAGCGAGAAAGAGACCCUGCUGUCUGAAUGGGAGGGAGAGAAAGAGGCUCUGCAAUCUGAGAUGGAGAGACAGAAAGCGGAAUACGAGGCAGCGAAAGAACUGGGACUCACCAGAGCCCAAGGAUACGCAGCCCAGUGGCUGGGCCCUCAGCUGGGAUCUCCAGGUUCAAUCCCCCCCCGUGAUACGUGGUGCAGGAAUUGGAAUGGGGGUCUCCCCCCAUGCUCAGGUGAGGGCUGGAACUGCUGGGCUCCGGGUGUCUGACGUGGGGCUCCCUCAAUCUCUCC